AUGGCACCCCAGCUCGCCUUGAUCGAAGCAUCAAGCCGCACAACCUUCGAGAAGCAAGUGUGGACACUUCUUUGCCAGAUCCCGCGGGGCAGCUUCUCAACAUAUGGAAUCAUAGCGGCGCAUCUGAAAUCCUCCCCGCGAGCGGUAGGUAACGCGCUGCGACGCAACCCGUUUGCGCCAGAAGUGCCGUGCCAUCGCGUUGUGGCUACAGGAGGUGCGCUGGGCGGGUUCAAGGGCAAAUGGCCAAAGGACGGGGAGGGGAUCACUCUCGACGAGAAGAGGAAGCUACUGAAGGGUGAGGGAGUGAGGUGGAAUGAGAAGGGUAAAGUUAUUGGGACUCCGUUUGGAGGGUUUACAUGA